UAUUGAUGAUGUAACAAUGAAAAACAAACACAAAUCAAUUUUUCACUUCAUUCGUGCGUGCCUUAUUUAUUCAAUAUUAAUAAAGCAUUAAUUAACGCUGUGCAUAACAAAUGACCAGUCAUCGAAAUCUGAACCAGUAAGUCAAUCUUAUUUCUACAAUUACGGUUUGGUUUCGAUACAGACAUUGUGAUUCCAGCAAGCGACGAACAAACAUGGCUGCAUUAUUUCGACGUUUAUUACAAGUGAAAGCUCCAAAUUUUCGUAUUCAUAGCAAAAACGUCCGAUUUUUGUCGUCCGAAUAUUUUAAAAAUAUUCGGUCAGCCGAAGAAAUACUCUCUUCUAGCGAUGAUUUGGUUCGACCAUUAUUUCGUCAAUCAGGUGAUGUGCUAACAAAUUCUCGAACCGAGUAUCGCACAAAACUUCAUUAUCAAGGAAAAAUUAAAGGUGUGAUUCUAGAUUGGGCCGGCACAGUACUCGAUUGUGGCGUUUACGCCCCAGCUGUUGUUUUUGUGGAAGUAUUUCGAAAUGAAGGCGUCCCUAUAACUAUGGAGGAAGCGAGAGAACCAAUGGGUGCUCACAAAAGAGUUCAUAUUCAAAAAAUCACCGAGAUUGAAGCAGUGCGUAGGCGAUGGUAUGAAGUGAAUGGCUGUUAUCCAAAAGAAGAUGAUGUGAAACGCAUGUUUGAAAACUUUGUUCCAAUGCAGCUCGCUUGUUUAUCUAAAUAUUCUGAGAUGAUUGACGGAGCUGUUGAAACAGUAUCCUACCUACAAAAAGAUAUGAAUUUAAAAAUCGGCUCAACAACAGGAUUUACAUCAGCCAUGGUGGACAUCUUGAAAGAAGAAGCCAGUGCUGCUGGCUAUAUACCAGACGCUAUUGUAGCAGCAGAUGAGGUACCACAAGCUAGACCAUUUCCCUACAUGGUGUGGCUAAAUUGUAUUAGAUUGGAUAUAAACCCGAUUCAGGCAGUGGUGAAAGUUGAUGAUACCGCUGAUGGCGUCAGAGAAGGUUUAUUAGCCGGAUGCUGGAGUGUAGGACUUGCCAGGACGGGAAAUUACGUUGCUCUGAAUCAACAAGAAAUUAGUGAAUUAUCCGCAGAUGAUUAUGAACGACGCCUUCAAAAGUCUUACACCGUUUUGACAAAUGCUGGAGCACAUUACGUGAUUGAUACAAUAAACGACUUACCGCCCGUCAUUGAUGACAUCAACCGAAGAUUGUCUGCAGGGGAACAUCCUUAAAAAAGACCAAAGUGCUACAACAAUAAUUUUUUAAAUGCAUAGCAUUAUUAUUUCGCUGUAUAUAGGUACAUUAUAGAGGUAACAUUUAAGCGUCAGCCAAUAAUACUUUUGAGUGAUCUGGCCAA